AUGGCUGGAAAAAUUGACCGUGGGGUGAACAAUGGGACUGCUCCUCCAAUUUUUAAGCUUGGGGGUCAAAACUACCAUAGCAUUGGUAGCUUACUUUCUCCUGAUAGUUUGCGACCAACAUUUGCCCAACUAUAUAUCUAUGACACAGAAAAUGAGAUUGAUAAUCGAAUAGGCACACUUCGUUCCAAUGAAGCUAUAAAUGAGCGGGAUAGGGAAAUUGUGGCAAUAUUAAGAAACAUGCUAGAUAGAUAUGAUAGUUUGGCAAAGAGUUUUCGCUAUGCAAGAGAUAGGUACCAACAGGAAAAUUGCACAAACAUAAAGCUUAAGUUGAUUAGUAAAAGGACUACAGAUGGUAGGACAUACAACUUGCCAUCUGCAUCUGAAGUGGCUGCAUUGAUUGUUGGCGAUGUCGAACAACUUAGCAAGGAUAGAGAUAUUAUUAUAGAGAGUCAAUCUAGAAAGCUCCAGCGGAUUGAUGUUUUUCAUCCAUCUUAUUUAGCCUUACAAUAUCCAUUGUUGUUUCCGUAUGGGGAGGAUGUAUUUCGUUUGGGUAUUGCAACAUCAGAUUCUAUCUCCGCUAGACCUACAAAGAAAAACAAAACAAUCACUUUGCGACAAUUCUUUGCUUUUCGACUACAGAAAAUGACGGGUGAAUCUUCAUUAAUUCUGAGAUCAAAGAGAUUAUUCCAACAGUUUCUGGUAGAUGCCUACACAAUGGUGGAAUCAGAGAGGUUAAAAUUCUUUAGGUGUAAACAACCACAGUUGAGGGUUGAUAAAUACAAAUGUCUGCAUGAAAGUGUUAUAAACGGGGAUGUAGAUACUGCAAGGCUUGGCAAAAAAAUAAUUCUUCCCAGUACUUUUACCGGUGGACCUAGAUAUGCAGGAUAUCCUAGCUAUUUUAUCACCAUGACCUGUAACCCUGAAUGGGAUGAGAUAAGAAGAGCAGUGACUUCUAUUGGAUUGAAGGCAGAAGACCGUCCUGAUAUAUUGUGUCGAGUUUUCAAGAUCAAGCUUGAUGGUUUGAUAGAUGACCUCAAAGAGGAAAAAAUCUUUGGUAAAAUUUUGGGAUACGUUUGCACUGUAGAGUUUCAAAAGAGAGGGCUUCCGCAUGCACAUAUCCUUUUAUUCAUGAGUAACGAGUUCAAGACACAAACGCUAGAUGACAUAGACAAACAUAUAACAGCUGAGAUUCCUGAUGAAAAUGAAAGGCCAAAUCUACAUAGAGCUGUUCAAAAUUACAUGGUACAUGGUCCAUGUGGUCCGUACAACAAGAAUUCACCUUGCAUGAAGAAUGGAUCCUGUUCAAAGCGUAUUGAUAACGGUCGAACAGUGAAGAAAAGAGAAUGUGUACUAGACAAUAAGUUUAUUGUUCCGUAUAAUCCAAAAUUGUUGCUCAAGUUCGGGUGCCACAUAAAUGUGGAAUAUACAUGCCAAACAAGUUCUAUUAAGUAUCUGUUUAAGUAUGUACACAAGGGUAAUGACCGCGUAACAGCUACUCUAUACAAUGCUGGUGAUCUGUCAGAAGCCACACAAGUUAUUGACGAAAUUAGGAAUUACUACGAUUGUAGACUUCCAUUCCAUUUGGAGGAUGAGCAACCUGUGGUUUAUGGUGAAACUUCUAAUGUGAAUGAUAUCGUCGAAAGAGCAAUAUCUCAUAAGUCCAUGUUUUUGGGAUGGAUGGCAGCGAACAUGUCAUAUCCUUAUGCUCGAAGUCUGACUUAUGCUGAGUUUCCAACCAAGUUUAUUUGGAAGGACGAUUCUUCAAAACAGUUAGCCAUCGCAACACCUGAGCAGAGAUAUGCAUUCGAUAAAAUUGUUACAGCAGUGUAUUGUGAUGAAGGGGGUUUUUUCUUUGUGUAUGGUCAUGGAGGUACUGGAAAAAUAUUUUUCUGGAACCUUAUGUAUGCUGAGAUUCGCUCAAGGGGUGAUAUAGUGUUAAAAGUUGCUUCGAGUGGUAUUGCAUCUUUACUUCUUCCUAAUGGAAGAACGGCACACUCAAGGUUCAAAAUACCGCUGAAUAUAACUGAGGAUUCUGUAUGUAACAUCAAACCUGGUUCCCCUCAAGCAAUGUUACUGUUGAAAGCCAAACUUAUAAUUUGGGAUGAGGCCCCAAUGGUUAGUAGGUACUGCUAUGAAGCACUUGAUAAAUUCUUGGGUGACAUCAUGAGGUGUUCUCCAACAUAUAGAAAAGAUUUGCCCUUUGGAGGAAAAGUGGUUGUACUAGGUGGAGACUUUAGACAAAUUCUUCCUGACAUUCCACGAGGAUCGAGACAAGAUAUCGUUCAUUCAACCGUGAAUUCGUCUUACCUUUGGAAGUUUUGUCAGGUGCUCAAACUAACAAAAAACAUGAGACUCUCUGUAGGGACGACUGCUUUAGAUCAGGAUGAGACAGAGCAAUUUGGUGAGUGA